UGGUCUAUGACCUUUCUUUCAAACCAGAGUGCACAAAAAUACCCGAUUUACAUAGUGAAAAUGCAGAUACCUGAGCCCCACGCACAAGAGUGUAAUCUGUUGAUCUGGGCGAUCUGGGAAUCUGUUUUCAACAAGCUCCCCAGAUGAUGGAAUGUACCCAGGCUGCACUUUUAGAGGCAGACACACAACACACACACUCGACGAUGCUCUGCGCCGGCCAUUCCGCAGACAUGCUGGGACCAGAGGGGGCGCCAGGCGAGUCCCCUCGCACACACACCCGGAACCGCGGGGAGCUGCUGGGAUUAGGUACCGCGGCACAGUUUCCGGCGGCUGCGCCUGGGCCGGACCCGCAGGCCAGCAGAGCCGGGCGGCGUCUUCCGGGCCGAGGCGGGGCCGGGGCGGCCGGAGGCAGAGGGAAGCGGGAAGGUGACCUGGCAAGGAGCUGUGCGGAGCGCGGACAUGGGCGGUGUGGGGGCGGCCCUGCGGCGAGCGGCUUGCGGAGCAGGACUGAACCAAAGGCGGGACUUCUCCUGGCUGACCCAGUGGUUCUCCAAAGCCCCAGCCAAGGCUGUAGUGGCCCAGAAAACGCCCAUCAAGGUGGAGUUGGUGGCUGGGACCACAUACAAAUGGUGUGUGUGUGGUCGCAGCAAGAAGCAGCCCUUCUGUGACGGCUCCCACUUCUUCCAACGCACUGGCCUAGCCCCACUCAAGUUCAAGGUCCAGGAGACCCGCACAGCUUCCCUCUGUACCUGCAAGGCCACCCAGAGGCCCCCAUACUGUGAUGGCACCCACAAGAGUGAGCGGGUGCAGAAGGCAGAAGUGGGCUCUCCGCUCUGAGGGGGUGGCUGCUGCCAAGCCCCAGGUGUCUCUGACAAGCACUGCCUUUGUGAGGGGGAAAGCUGAGUGCGUAGCCCAAGAAGAGAUCAUCCAGAGCUCUGGUACCCACACCUGGACCCCCAUAACCUGGGGUCUCUAAUCUGCGGGUAGCCAGGAGCAGGCCCCUGGGUUCAGCAGCUGCUGGUGGAGAAGAUGGCACGAAGAAAGCAUACCUAUCGAAA